ACUAUUCGAAGGCGGUGAAAAAGGUGUGGGCGCGGUCGCGUGCCCGUGGUGCCAAUCUGCCGCCUCAUCAGCUCUUCGCGGACUCCACGCUCGCGAUGGUUGCCGCGCGCCGGGCCGUGGUUCUCGUGGAGCAGGGCUCCAUACUCCUCCGCAUCGCCCGCUUCUGCGAGCGACAGAACAUCCGCACCUUCGUCGUGGCCAAACACCCGCUCGACAGGUCGCCCUACGGCUACGUCUACUCCAAGUUCAUCGAGAAGAACUUCUUUCGGAAAAUCUUUGCCACGUUACGCCGGCUUCUGGAGACCGGCCUGAUGCACAAAUGGGUGGCCGACAGCCAGGGCAACUGGCAGCGCUGCAUUCAGACCAAUGACAAUAUUGUGGAGAGCAUCAGCCUGAAAGACACCAUGCCCUUCUUUCUGCUGUGGGGAUUCAUGUGCGGCCUAGCCUUCUGUGCCUUCCUCUGCGAGCUGGGAUGCAAUAGAUUGCUCAAGGGCCGCCGCACUGACAGACGCUGAAGCGCAACACGACAGUCCACUACAGCGUUAGAAUGCCCCUGUAAACGUGGUAGGGAAUAUUUUAAAACUUGCCGUAAGC